CAAACGCCUGCCACCUACAGGACUGCAGUGGAACUGUAUUGCUGGUAUGUCAGACGGGUCAGAUGAACAGGUUUAGGAUGGUUUGGCCUUGGUGGAGGUCUGUGAGAAGAAAAUCCAGAAGAUGUCCAGUGGGGUACAGUUUGUAGUUCUGUAUCUGUAAAGACCGUGCAUGUGCAGCUCAUGGUUGUGUGUGUGUGUGUGUGUGUUUACAAGGCUAUUACGGUACUGGUGUGACGUGCACUUCCCAUUUCCGCCGUUAGGGGUCACACCUCAACUGGAGAACUGCAUGGACGCUGCGUCCAGCUGUGCAGUAACACCUUCUUAAAGCUUCAGUAUCAUAUUUAACGCUUUUGUGUUAAGUUGUGUACAAAUUUUACGAUGUGUUUGUUUUCUUUUUAAGCAAUUGGUAUAAACGCCAUGAUUACACCGACACUAUAUAGUGUGUGUGUGUGUGUGUGUGUGUGUGUGUGUGUGUGUGUGUGUGUGUGUGUAGACAUGCUGUUACGCGCACAAAUAUGGAAAUGUGAUGUUAUCCUUGUGGCCCAAAGAGCUCCACCUCUCUAAGUGCGCACGGGGUGGGCGGUUUCAGACAGCACACACACUCAUAUACACUAACACACGCACACGCACCUAUAAACCAGCGUGUAAGGAUAUUCUGUGCAACCUGCUAGAGUCAGACAGCGUGAGGAGGAGGUGAUUUUACUUUGUAACUUUUCGGACGAUUGUGGAGUAAAACAGGCGUCAUGGCUUCUUUCCGUGGACUUACUUUCCCACUUGUGAGUUGCACUGGAGACAUAUUUGUCUUAUAACGCACUCACAGAGUUUGGUGCACUUUGUCCCGAGGCUGCAAACACCGCUACGGGAGUCCGCAAUGACGACAAGAAAAGUUUUGCGCGUUUUUCUUGAGGGACUACUUCAAAUGGCUUGACGCAAGAAGUGUGCCAGAAGUCCGCUUCUGAUCUCUGGACUCGUCUCUACGUUUGGUCACCAUUCUUACGCACGUCUUUUAAAGCAGCUUUUCGGAUCAAGGCGCACACACCAUGACCUUCUGUUGGCUUGCCUUGGUCGGGUUGUGCUUGGCCGCCUAUGACUUCACCUCCUCGGCGGCGGGGAGUCAUUUCUCGCCGGACGGCAGCAGCAGCCAAGCGCACGCGGGCUUCCUCCAGCGGCGCCUCAGGACGCACGAGAGGAGGGAGAUGCAGAAGGAGAUCCUGUCCAUCCUGGGGCUGCCGCACAGACCCAGACCGCAUCUGUCCCACGCCAAGUACAACUCGGCCCCGCUUUUCAUGCUGGACCUGUACAACACCAUAUCCAUAACCGGUGAGGACUUGAAACACGCGGACGCCUUGUUGGAGCGCUACGAGCCGGCGCGGACCACCCGGAGCCCGGCGCUGGCCACGUAUCAAGAAGCGGCCUUUCUCAACGACGCCGACAUGGUGAUGAGCUUCGUUAACUUGGUGGAGCACGACAGGCAGCUGUCUGCACAGCGGCGUCACCACAAGGAGUUUAAGUUCAACCUGUCGCAGAUCCCCGAAGGCGAGGCCGUGACGGCGGCCGAGUUCCGCCUGUACAAAGAGUGCGUGAGCCGAGCCUUCCGCAACGACACCUUCCUCCUCAGAGUCUACCAAGUGGUGAAGGAGCACUCGGACAGGGAAGCCGACCUGUUCCUGCUGGAGUCUCGGCGGCUGUGGGCCCUGGAGGAGGGCUGGUUGGAGUUUGACAUCACGGCCACCAGCAACCUGUGGGUGAUGAGUCCGUUGCACAACCUGGGCCUGCAGGUCAGCGUGGAGACCAGCAGCGGACAAAGCAUCAGCCCGAAAGACGCCGGGCUCGUCGGUCGCGACGGCGCUCUGGAGAAGCAGCCCUUCAUGGUGGCGUUCUUCAAGGUCAGCGAAGUGCACACCCGCACGGCCCGCUCCGCCGGCGGCAAGCGUCAGCGCCAGCAGAACCGGAACCGAUCCACGCAGACGCAGGAGACGUCCAGAGGGCCCGGCCAAGCAGACUACAACAGCAGCGAUCAGAAGACGGCCUGCAGAAGACACGAACUCUACGUCAGCUUUCGAGAGCUGGGCUGGCAGGACUGGAUCAUCGCUCCCGAAGGCUACGCCGCCAACUACUGCGACGGAGAGUGCUCCUUCCCCCUCAACGCCCACAUGAACGCCACCAACCAUGCCAUCGUGCAGACGCUGGUGCACCUGAUGAACCCUGAGAACGUCCCCAAGCCCUGCUGCGCCCCCACCAAGCUCCACGCCAUCUCAGUGCUCUACUUUGACGACAACUCCAACGUUAUUUUGAAGAAAUAUAAGAACAUGGUGGUGCGGGCCUGUGGGUGCCACUGACCCUCCCGAUGGCCUCAAGGAGACACUGCAGUAAUCUCAAGUCCAACUUGGAUAGUUGGAAAGCAAGCAUUUAAUGGGGGCCGUGGUCUCCAUGUGGAAUGUGUACUUCAUGGACGUCUGUUAAUGAGGCACCUUUCCCAUCAUUCUCACUUAGGGCGUAGUGAAAGUGGUCAUUUCAUCUUAUGACACGUUCAUCUCCCAGUGGCCAUAAAGUUCUUAUCAGGUCUUAUGAGCACAAAGUCCAUCCAGAAGACGAUCCCGCUCUCAGGAAUUGGACAAGAUCACCUCUGAUUCUGGUGAGUUGACCGAGGCAAUCAAAUUAAUUCUGUUCAACAAGUGAAAUUGAUGCUAAUUUGCAGUUAAAUGUUUUUUUUUGUUGUUCCGUUUCCCUGCUGUGUUUGCUUCAAGUCAUAUUUACACUCCCAAAAUAUGACACAGACUAAAACCCCAAGUGUCCGCAGGCUAUUUUAGCAGCCUCCCUGUCAAUAUUUGCACGUUCAACAUGAUGCAUGUUGCGGCUAAAUGUGAUGUUCUGGUCCAAACACGCAAAUAAUACAUCUUUAUACGUCUGACAUGCUCCAAACAUCUUUUUGCUUUUUCAGCAAGGUUACUGUGGAACAAAGUCUAAUAGCAAUAAUAAUAAUAAUCUAAAUACCUUUUGUGCCGACUAGCAAAUACAAAAUAUACCUCUGGUAAGCUGCUGUUUACAUUUGUGAUCAUGUUUAGACUGUUUUUGUGUAAAUACUUGUACAUUCUGUUUAUUUAUUGCACCUUUUAUUAAGAAAAAUAAAUUACACCUUACUAUAAAAGAUGAGAACAAAACCUAUUUUGGAGUUUUUAUUAUGAAAUGUUACAAUUUGCCAUUAUUUUUUUUGUACAAAUCCAUGGGCGGUGCACAACCCAC